UUCUUUUCCGGUUUGUCAAAAUGGGUAUCGACAUUAAUCACAAACACGAUAGGAAAGUACGGCGUACAGAACCUAGAUCACAAGAUGUCUACUUGCGACUUCUCGUUAAACUUUACCGGUUUCUGGCUAGACGUACAAAUGCUAAGUUUAAUAAGAUCAUCCUUAAAAGACUUUUUAUGAGCAAGAUACAUCGUCCUCCAAUUUCUCUUGCACGCAUCGUUAGGUUUAUGAAAAAACCUGGACGGGAAAAUACUGUUGCAGUAAUUGUUGGCACAGUAACAGAUGAUGCUAGGAUUUUUGAAAUUCCUAAACUUACAAUAUGUGCUUUACGUGUUACUGAGAGAGCUAGAGCUCGUAUAUUGAAGGCUGGAGGUCAGUUGAUCACUUUCGAUCAGUUAGCGUUACGUGCACCUACCGGAAAACGAACUGUUUUAAUGCAAGGUCGUCGUAAUGCCCGUGAAGCAGUGAAACACUUUGGACCUGCACCUGGUGUACCACAUUCUCAUACAAAACCAUUAGUACGUUCUAAAGGUCGAAAAUUUGAAAGAGCAAGAGGCCGCAGGCGAAGCUGUGGUUAUAAGAAAUAAAUUUUGUUUAUUUGCCAUCAUUUAUUGUACC